AAGGAAGCCUUUUUAUUAUUGUCAAAAUUGGAUAAAAGAAGGGGAGAAGGUAACGGGAACUGCUUGAAGGCAGUGACUUCAGUUACAAAGAGCACUGUCCCAAAAGAGGCGAGGAACUUGUUUUUCGAUGUAAACUUCAAAGAUUGAGAAUCAAGAUCCAGAGGGAGAAUUCUAUCCCUAACUAACUAAUGAAAGUCAAGCUGGUCACAUGGAAUGUAAGGGAGCUCCUUUAGUUGAUGAGCCUUUCAUAGAAAGAGUUCAUUUAAUUCUUGGAAAUGUCGCGGAGGAGAGAGUUUUCUCAAGUGCCAGUUAUGGUGAUGAAACAGAGAUCUUAUCAUCAAAGGAAGCUCUGAAAUACACAUGAAGAAGGGGGAGGUGAAUUUUGUGGUGGGGGCGACCUUAGCCUCAGAGAUUCUGAUCUCAGAGUUGGACAUGGCUGACACAGGUGGAAACAAGGAGAACACAGGGGACCUCUCGCAAAGCCAAAUAAUUCUUUUGGAGUAACCAACACCAAUUCAAUAUGAUUCCAGUGAGUGUAUCAAGGAAGUGGAGGCUGGUGCCUCUACCUGGGUACAAGAUAACAUCAUCAAAUUGAGCAAGCAAUGCAGACUGUUUGAUGGUUUGGAGAAGGAUGCAGAAGUACUAUUCCAGAAGCUUUAUCAAAGGAGGGGGAUACCAAUGGCUCAUUGAAAAAUCAAUAUCUGAACCGAAUGACCUUGUUUGCAAGAUGCAACUUUUGGGUUCACUUCCUGGAGUUGUCACUGACAACUCUAUGGAAGUGGCAAAUUCAUCAAGCAAUAGAUCUUAUAUCAAUCUUCGAAAAGAGCUUUUUGAGAUGCUUUCUUCUGUGGGACCUCAUCUUUAUCGAGAUACAUUAUUGCUACAGAAGGUAUGCAGAGUAUUGAGAGGUUACUACAUUUGUGCACAUGAGCUUGUCACUAGUGGUGAGGCAGGCUUUAUCUCCCAAACUGUUACCAUUGGAGAUCGAACUCCUCGAAUGCACCUGAAGGAUGCUAGGUCAAGAAUUGAAGAAGCAUUAGGAGGAUGCCUGCUUCCUUCCUUACAGUUGAUACCAGCAAAUCCUGCAGUUGGACUAGAGAUCUGGGAACUAAUGAAUCUCCUUCCGUAUGAGGUGCGUUAUCGUUUGUAUGGUGAAUGGGAGAAAGAUGAUGACCAAUUUCCAAUGCUUUUGGCUGCAAGGCAAACAGCAAAGUUGGACACUAGGAGGAUCCUGAAGCGCCUUGCAAAAGAAAAUCUAAAGCAGCUUGGUCGAAUGGUUGCCAAACUUGCUCAUGCCAACCCAAUGACAGUCUUGCGAACAAUUGUUCACCAGAUUGAGGCUUACAGAGAUAUGAUUACACCUGUUGUAGACGCUUUUAAGUAUCUGACUCAGCUGGGUUUGAAUUGGUCUAGCAGAUCUUCGAGUCGUAUGGAUGGGUUUGGUGAUAGUUUUGGGCUGACUGAUAAAUAUUUAGGUGUUAUGAGGCUCUUCAGGUGUCAGAGAAAUUCAGAUGUCUUUUGGCCUUCAGAUAGUGAUGAAGCAGUGAGUGCAGCCAAUGCUGAAAAGGAGUCUGAAAGAUCAGACUCAUCUGCUUGCUUACUCCUUGAUCUUGGUUCUUCUUGGAAACCUAUCUCAUGGACAGACCUUCUUGAUACCAUCAAAACAAUGUUGCCUUCAAAAGCCUGGAAUAGCUUGUCCCCAGACUUGUAUGCCACCUUUUGGGGUCUUACACUCUAUGAUCUUCAUGUUCCUAGAUCCCGUUAUGAGUCUGAAAUUGGUAAGCAGCAUGCUGCUCUUAAAGCUCUGGAAGAACUUUCUGAUAAUUCAAGUUCUGCAAUCACAAAAAGGAAAAAAGAUAAAGAAAGAAUUCAAGAGUCUCUAGAUCGGUUAACUAUGGAGCUUCAGAGGCAUGAAGAGCAUGUAACAUCUGUUCGGAGACGCCUGACUCGUGAGAAGGAUACAUGGCUGAGUUCCUGUCCUGAUACUUUAAAGAUCAACAUGGAAUUCCUUCAGCGGUGUAUAUUUCCACGCUGUACAUUCAGUAUGCCGGACGCUGUGUAUUGCGCCGUGUUUGUUAAUACUCUUCAUUCCCUUGGAACGCCUUUCUUCAACACUGUGAAUCACAUAGACGUUUUGAUAUGUAAGACAUUACAACCCAUGAUCUGUUGUUGCACCGAGUAUGAAGUAGGUCGACUAGGAAGAUUUUUGUAUGAGACAUUGAAGAUGGCUUAUUAUUGGAAGGGUGAUGAAUCAAUUUAUGAACGUGAGUGUGGAAACAUGCCUGGAUUUGCCGUCUAUUAUAGAUAUCCAAACAGCCAGCGUGUUACGUAUGGCCAGUUUAUUAAGGUACACUGGAAGUGGAGUCAGAGAAUCACGAGGUUGCUCAUACAGUGUCUGGAAUCAACUGAGUACAUGGAAAUCAGAAAUGCUCUUAUUUUAUUGACAAAGAUCUCCAGUGUCUUUCCAGUUACUCGGAAGAGUGGAAUAAACCUUGAGAAGAGGGUUGCCAAAAUUAAAUCUGAUGAAAGAGAGGAUCUCAAAGUAUUGGCUACAGGGGUUGCUGCAGCUUUGGCAUCUAGAAAGCCAUCAUGGGUGACAGAUGAAGAGUUUGGAAUGGGUUACCUAGAACUAAAACUUGCAGCAGCACCUGCUUCUAAGUCUUCGGCUGUUAAUUCAGUGGCCAUACCAAACGGGAGCGGCGCUAGUGUUUCUCAAGGUGAGCCUUCUAUUGGAAGAACUGUGCUGGCAGGAAGAGUAGCUGAUGGCAAGUUGGAUAGGCCAGACAGUUCUAUGCCAAAACCUGAUUUAGGUCAGGUAAAACAGAAAGGCAGUCAAUCAAUUAAUGGACUGGAUGUGCAAUCUAUGCCAUCUACUGCCCUGCAUUCUGAUAGUCCAAGUCAAAAACACGUAGAUGACUCUAUGUGUAGGGAAGAGAGUACCAUAAAAUCUGCUUCUAAGAUGUCUGGCGAGCAGGAGGGAAGAGCUACAGGCAAGCGAGCUACUCCUGCUGGAUCUUUCUCAAAGCAACAAAAGCAUGAUGUUGCAAAAGAUGACAAGUCUGGGAAAGCUGUUGGAAGAGCAUCUGGAGCUGUUUCUGGUGAUGUUGUUUAUCCAUCUGAGAGCAGAGCAAGUGGGAGUGUUAAUGUUUCUACUACCGUUUCAGGGAAUGGUAGCAUGUUUUCUACUGUACCUAGAGGUGCAGCCUCAUUAACGAGAUUGUUAGAUCUUUCAAAUGAAUCUAAUGCUGAACUUACAGCUACUAAGUCUGCUGAUCUGAGGGUUUCUGCUGGAAAAGAUGAUGUCAUUGAAAGUAUUGAUGUGCAUAAGGAGUCCACAUCGCGUCUGGUUCAUUCGCCUAGACAGGAUGCUUCUAAAGCUAAUGAUAAAGUACAGAAGAGAUCUAUUCCUGCAGAAGAGCUUGAUAGACUGAAUAAACGCCGGAAAGGUGAAAUUGACGGUAGAGAUAUUGAUUGUGGUGAUACCCGUUCAUCGGAGAAAGAGCGGUUGAUAGAUGCACGAGCUGCAGAUAAACUUCAUCCAGCAGAUUAUGAUAAACAUGGUUCUGAUGAUCAAAUAUUGAACCGAGCCUCUGAAAAGCCUCUUGAUAGAUCAAAAGAUAAGGGUGGUGAAAGACUUGAGAGAGACCCCAGAGAACGAGGGGACCGUCCUGAUAGGUCUCGCGAGGAUGAUGCAUUUGAAAAAUCUAGAGAUAGGUCAACGGAGCGGCAUGGAAGAGAACGUUCAAUUGAGAGAGUGCAUGAAAGAGUUGCUGAUAGGAACUUUGAUAGGUUGAGUAAGGAUGAAAGAAUCAAAGAUGAUAGGAGCAAGCUGCGACAUAAUGAAGCAUCUGUAGAAAAAUCUCAUACAGAUGAUCGGUUUCACAAUCAAAAUUUGCCUCCACCUCCACCAUUGCCUCCUCACAUGGUCCCACAAUCCAUUAAUGCAGGCAGGAGAGAUGACGAUGCUGAUAGACGUUUUGGAAUUGCCAGGCAUAGUCAAAGACUUUCUCCAAGGCAUGAUGAGAGAGAGAGACGGCGGUCAGAAGAGAAUAACACAUUGUUGCAGGAUGAUUUGAAGAGAAGGAGAGAAGAAGAUUUUCGAGAUAGAAAGCGGGAAGAGAGAGAACUUUCAAUGAAGGUAGAGGAGAGGGAAAGAGAGAGGGAGAAAAUAUGCCUUGUGAAAGAAGAUAUGGAUCCAAAUGCCUCAAAGAGGCGUAAACUUAAAAGAGAGCAUAUGGCUUCAGAACCUGGCGAGUAUUCACCCGCUGCUCAUCCUCCUCCUCUUUCCAAUAAUAUGUCGCAGCCCUGUGAUGGAAGAGAUAGGGGAGAGCGAAAGGGUAUUAUUGUUCAGCAGCGUCCAGGUUACGUGGACGAGCCAGGUCUUAGGAUUCAUGGAAAAGAAAGUGCCAGCAAAGCACCCCGUCGUGAUGCGGACUCUAUGUAUGACAGAGAGUGGGAUGACGACAAGAGGCAAAGAGCUGAGCCCAAGAGGCGGCAUCGGAAGUAAUUGCUAAACCACUAGACAACUGAAGUUUCUGUCGAAGUAAAAUUUACUUAGUGGGGUUUUUGGCUUGUGUCAUAUAUGUUCGCAGACCAAUUUUGUUUAGUCAAUUGUUUUAUUAGGCCCUCGAUGGGGUUUGAAUUAUUAUAUGCAUGUAAGUAGGCAAGAAGAUUGUGUUUCUUUGUGCAAAAUGCUUCGGAACUCUAUAUUUACAUUAUUACAUGGCAAUAUGAAUACUGCUUACAGUUUUGGAAAAAUAAAUUUAGGUUGGAUAAUUAUUUCUUGCA